AUGCCGAUGGCCACUCCGAAGAAGGUAACUGUCGUCGGAAGUGGCAACUGGGGCUGCGCUAUCGCGAAGAUCAUCGCCUCUAACACGGCGCGCCACGAUGAUUUCCACAGCGAUGUGACCAUGUGGAUGUUCGAAGAGCAAGUGGAGCACCGCGGCAUCAAGCGCAAGCUGUCAGAGGUGUUUAACGAAAGCAAGGUGAAUGUCAAGUACCUGCCCGGCAUUACGCUGCCGUCCAACAUCUGCGCCGAGCCAGACGUGAAGAAGGCUUGCUGCGAGGCGGACAUCCUCGUCUGGGUGUUGCCGCACCAGUUCGUCCCCAAGACGGUACAGACCAUUGGCAAGGUAAAGGAGGGCGCCAUGUCUGUAAGCCUCAUCAAGGGAGGCAUCGAGCUUGAGGGCGGCAAGCUGGGUCUGUGCUCGGACGUGCUGCGGAAGCUGCUCGGGCACAAGGUGUCUGUGCUGAUGGGCGCGAACGUGGCCAACGAGGUCGCGGAGGGCCAGUUCUGCGAGGCCACCCUUGGCAGCGAUGCCGAGAUGAGCGACCAGGUGACGUUGACCAAGCUGUUCGACUGUCCCACAUUCCGUGUGCGCGCCGUGGACGACAUCGCCGGCGUGGAGCUCUGUGGGGCGCUCAAGAACGUGGUGGCCCUCGGUGCGGGCUUCUGCGACGGGCUCAGCUACGGCGGGAACACCAAGGCGGCGAUUAUUCGCAUCGGCUUGGAGGAGAUGACCGCCUUCAUCCGCCACUUCCACCCAGGCGUGAAGGACAGCACCUUCCUGGAGAGUUGCGGUGUGGCCGACCUCAUCACCACCUGCUUCGGAGGGCGCAACCGUAAGUGUGCUGAAGCUUUUGUGAAGGCGCAAGGCGCGAAAACGUGGCAAGACAUCGAGAAGGAGCUGUUGGGAGGGCAGAAGCUCCAGGGCACCCUUACUGCGCAGGAGAUCUGGCCGGUCAUGUUGCAGCAUAAGCUUGACAAGAGGCUUCCACUGCUCACUUCAAUCUACCAGAUCGCCUUCGAGGGCAAGCCAGCGAAAUCGAUCACGGACCUCACGCCAGGGAUGGCGACGCACCAGCCAAAGAAGGUCACUGUCGUUGGAAGCGGCAAUUGGGGCUGCGCCAUCGCGAAGAUCAUCGCAUCCAACACGGCCCGGCACGACGACUUCGAGACGGACGUGACGAUGUGGAUGUUCGAGGAGCAGGUGGAGCACCGCGGCAUCAAGCGCAAGCUGUCAGAAGUGUUCAACGAGAGCAAGGAGAACGUCAAGUACCUGCCAGGAAUCACGCUGCCUUGCAACAUUCGCGCAGAGCCAGAUGUGAAGAAGGCCUGUGGCGAGGCGGACAUCCUUGUUUGGGUGUUGCCGCACCAGUUCGUACCCAGGACGGUGCAGAGCAUCGGUAAGGUGAAGGAUGGAGCCAUGUCUGUAAGCCUCAUCAAGGGCGGCAUCGAGCUCGAGGGCGGCAAGCUGGGUCUGUGCUCAGACGUGCUGCGGAAGCUGCUCGGGCACAAUGUUUCCGUGCUGAUGGGCGCGAACGUGGCCAACGAGGUCGCGGAGGGCCAGUUCUGCGAGGCCACGCUUGGCAGCGACGCCGACGUGAACGACCAGGUGACGUUGACCAAGCUCUUCGACUGCCCUACGUUCCGUGUGCGCGCCGUGGACGACAUCGCCGGCGUGGAGCUGUGUGGGGCGCUCAAGAACGUGGUGGCCCUCGGUGCGGGCUUCUGCGACGGGCUCAGCUAUGGCGGGAACACCAAGGCGGCGAUUAUCCGCAUCGGUUUGGAGGAGAUGACCGCCUUCAUCCGCCACUUCCACCCAGGCGUGAAGGACAGCACCUUCCUGGAGAGCUGCGGUGUGGCCGACCUCAUCACCACCUGCUUCGGGGGGCGUAACCGCAAGUGUGCUGAGGCGUUUGUGAAGGCAGCUGGCAAAAAGUCUUGGGAGGACGUCGAGAAGGAGCUUUUGGGCGGGCAGAAGUUGCAGGGAACACUCACGUCGCAGGAGAUCUGGCCAGUCAUGCAGAAGAACCGUCUCUGCGAGCGCCUGCCACUUUUCACCACCAUCCAGGCGUCCCCAGGCUCAAUUCGACGGGGGGCAGGAGGAGGAGGAGGAUGA